AGCAGGUAUCCUAGUUACAACAUGACUGAGCUAAGUUAACUGGAGAACCUUCCAAAAUCAUUUGGCGACACUGGCAAGCACGGUGAUACUGCUGGAGACGGAUGUCACUCUCUUCUGCAACAUGUAAAAAUGAGAGUGGAGUAAAAAAAUAGGAAUAAAGCUCUUGCUCAAUGCUGCAGAGAAAGAAGACCGCGCACUGGAAUGGCAGGAGGGGCCAGACUGGCAAGAGGUCCUGUUGACCAAUACAGGUGUGUCAGGUGGGGCCCAGCAGAUUUGCCAGAGGGGGAGACAGAGGCAACGUUGGAGAAUAUAAAGAGGGAUCUGCUGAUCAUCUACUCAGGCAUGCCAUCUACUCUCUUUUUGGGUAAUUUUGUUUAGAAUUUAGUAAUUUGUCAAGAUCUGAACACUGUGUGUGUUGGGCGGCUACAAGACCAAAUUGUUACUUGGGUACUAACAAUACAUUUGUAUGUCUGUGUACACAGAGGAAGGAAUGAGUGGGGCAGAGAGAGCAGAACCAAUGAUGGAAAAGACAUGCAUCAUCCUGCGGAAAUACCUUAACAAAGUGCCUGCUGCAGUGAUGUCUGAGAUCAAACAGGAAUGGCCAUUUCUCUUCUCUCAGAAAUGCCUAUUCUCACACUUAGACCUCCUGAUGGACGUUGAUGUCCUUCAGAAGCUACAGGAGGCAAUUAGUCGAAGAGGACAGACCAUCCUGGAUUACUGUGCAACACUGGACAACCCAAAGAUCCGUGAUGUUCUGGCCUGCUAUGAUCCAGACUCUGACAAGGCUGCCUGCAUCCUGCUGCUCCUAAUGUUGUACUUCAAAGAGCCGAAAGAGAGUUUGAUGCUUGAAGUUCAUCCAUGUGCCACUGCUGUGGACGUCAAUACUGCAGAACUCCCCGGAACCCCCUGCUUGAUCAUUCAAGGUGACAUGAUGAAGCCCUCUGGAUGGCUUAUAUCCAUCAAGGGACAUGUCGUGAUGGGCCCAAACCCUUUAUUUUUACAUGGAGUAGCACUUUCUUCAGCAGCUAUUACGUAUUCAACCUUGAGUAUCCUACCGCUGGAUCUUCGACGCUGGAGUUCAUUCAAAGUACAGGCUUCCAACUCAAUGAUUGUCUUGAGGGCAAAAAUGCUGACAAACGAGGUACCCACGAUCCUGAAGGGCAACGAGAGCAGUUGUGCUGCACGUGGGGGUUAA